AAGAUGUCGAUCAAAGUGGACGAAAUGCGUAGAGGACUUUUCAAAAUAAAGUGGACGAUGGAAAGUUUAGGACACGACGAUGUGACAAUACAAAAGUGUGUCUUCCACGUCAACAAUGAUGCACGCUCUACUUACAUAGUUUACUCACGAUCCCGGAAACCAUCGCUAAUCGAUUACGCUGACGUGUGCAUCAUGUUGAAGAAAAAGGCGAAUCAGUUAGAAGAAGACAAUCAACUGCAGAUGUCAGCUGCUCUGGUCGAUAUUAAAACGGCCGUCUGUAAAAAUGGACGAACGAUGUCGUUGAUGGAUCAUUACGAAUCUCCGCUAUUCGUUUGGAUAGAAAACGAAGUGCUCGUCAAGAAUGCCAUGAUGCAUUUAGAAGAUGCGUGGCAAAUCUUUGUGCCCAUCACCAAUUACAACGAGCCAAAAAUCACUUUAUGGAUGGAUUUUGGAUCAAACAGUUUAGGCCAAACGAGAAUGAUCAAAGACUUUGCUGAAUUGUUCAUCAAUCAAACGAAUUGCGACGUGCAAUUUCGUAUUCAAGGGAUAACCAUUGGCGCUCACGUCGUGAUUCUUUCAGCUCGCAGCUCCGUUUUUGCCGCCAUGUUCCAGUGCGACAUGCAAGAGUCUAGAACGAAGAAGGUCGUCAUCGAGGAUAUUGAACCAGAAGUAUUUCGACAACUCCUUCAUUAUCUUUACACGGGCACUUGUCCGCUAUUGAAGAUGAAAUCAAUUACUCAAGAUCUGUUCGUAGCCGCUGAUAAAUACGACAUCGAUACACUGCAAGAAGAAUGCGUCGAUAUUCUAUUGACACAGCUGGAAAUCAACAAUUCUAUUGGCAUGCUAAUUUGGUCUCAUUUACAUUCGAUCACGACCCUCUUCGACGCUUCUAUCAAGUGCAUUGCUACGCACGGGCAUACCGUUUGCUUCUUGCCCGAAUGGAAGGAUUUGACUCACGAUUAUCCCGAUCUAUGUCUGAUGGCUACCCAGCAAAUGAUGAAGAACAAGAUCCACGGCAGCGUCUGCGGAAGCGAUUGUGAAAAUGAAUGCGAGCCGGAUCUCUGGCUGACCGAACCGGAUAAUGUCUUUAAAAGUAGCCGUCAAACGAAUUGCGAAAAUGAUGCCGAAUGGCUUGAGUUUCCCGAACAAAUUCGUGGCAUUGCUUCUCUUAUAAAACUAUGACUUGAGGCACCAACGUCGUCAGUUUAAUUAUUGAUUAUGC